ACUCGCUCAACUCUCGGCGCCGCCGCGGCCCCACGCUCCGGGCCCGUCCUCGAGGCGCGCGGCGCGGGGCGCGGGCGCCGGGGCCUGAGGCGGCGGGCGACGCCCGGGGGCCUGACGGCCGGCCCCGCGCCAUGGUGUGAGCGCCGCCGCCCGUGCACGCUCCGUCCGCCCUCCGCGCGGCCCGGCCGGCCGAGAGCCCCGAGCGGCCCGAGAGCGCAGCCGAGCCCGCCGCCGCCGCCCGCGGCCCCGCGAGGAGAGUACCGGGCCGGCCCGGCAGCCGCGCGAGGAGCGCGGUCGGCGGCCUGGUCUGCGGCUGAGAUACACAGAGCGACAGAGACAUUUAUUGUUAUUUGUUUUUUGGUGGCAAAAAGGGAAAAUGGCGAACGACUCCCCUGCAAAAAGUCUGGUGGACAUCGACCUCUCCUCCCUGCGGGAUCCUGCUGGGAUUUUUGAGCUGGUGGAAGUGGUUGGAAAUGGCACCUAUGGACAAGUCUAUAAGGGUCGACAUGUUAAAACGGGUCAGUUGGCAGCCAUCAAAGUUAUGGAUGUCACUGAGGAUGAAGAGGAAGAAAUCAAACUGGAGAUAAAUAUGCUAAAGAAAUACUCUCAUCACAGAAACAUUGCAACAUAUUAUGGUGCUUUCAUCAAAAAGAGCCCUCCAGGACAUGAUGACCAACUCUGGCUUGUUAUGGAGUUCUGUGGGGCUGGGUCCAUUACAGACCUUGUGAAGAACACCAAAGGGAACACACUCAAAGAAGACUGGAUCGCUUACAUCUCCAGAGAAAUCCUGAGGGGACUGGCACAUCUUCACAUUCAUCAUGUGAUUCACCGGGAUAUCAAGGGCCAGAAUGUGUUGCUGACUGAGAAUGCAGAGGUGAAACUUGUUGACUUUGGUGUGAGUGCUCAGCUGGACAGGACUGUGGGGCGGAGAAAUACGUUCAUAGGCACUCCCUACUGGAUGGCUCCUGAGGUCAUCGCCUGUGAUGAGAACCCAGAUGCCACCUAUGAUUACAGAAGUGAUCUUUGGUCUUGUGGCAUUACAGCCAUUGAGAUGGCAGAAGGUGCUCCCCCUCUCUGUGACAUGCAUCCAAUGAGAGCACUGUUUCUCAUUCCCAGAAACCCUCCUCCCCGGCUGAAGUCAAAAAAAUGGUCGAAGAAAUUUUUUAGUUUUAUAGAAGGGUGCCUGGUGAAGAAUUACAUGCAGCGGCCCUCUACAGAGCAGCUUUUGAAACAUCCUUUUAUAAGGGAUCAGCCAAAUGAAAGGCAAGUUAGAAUCCAGCUUAAGGAUCAUAUAGAUCGCACCAGGAAGAAGAGAGGCGAGAAAGAUGAAACUGAGUAUGAGUACAGUGGGAGUGAGGAAGAAGAGGAGGAAGUGCCUGAACAGGAAGGAGAGCCAAGUUCCAUUGUGAACGUGCCUGGUGAGUCUACUCUUCGUCGAGAUUUCCUGAGACUGCAGCAGGAGAACAAGGAACGUUCCGAGGCUCUUCGGAGACAACAGUUACUACAGGAGCAACAGCUCCGGGAGCAGGAAGAAUAUAAAAGGCAACUGCUGGCAGAGAGACAGAAGCGGAUUGAGCAGCAGAAAGAACAGAGGCGACGGCUAGAAGAGCAACAAAGGAGAGAGCGUGAAGCUAGAAGGCAGCAGGAACGUGAACAGCGAAGGAGAGAACAAGAAGAAAAGAGGCGUCUAGAGGAGUUGGAGAGAAGGCGCAAAGAAGAAGAGGAGAGGAGACGGGCAGAAGAAGAAAAGAGGAGAGUUGAAAGAGAACAGGAGUAUAUCAGGCGACAGCUAGAAGAGGAGCAGCGGCACUUGGAAGUCCUUCAGCAGCAGCUGCUCCAGGAGCAGGCCAUGUUACUGGAGUGCCGAUGGCGGGAGAUGGAGGAGCACCGGCAGGCAGAGAGGCUCCAGAGGCAGUUGCAACAAGAACAAGCAUAUCUCCUGUCUCUACAGCAUGACCAUAGGAGGCCGCACCCGCAGCACUCGCAGCAGCCGCCACCACCGCAGCAGGAAAGGAGCAAGCCAAGCUUCCAUGCUCCCGAGCCCAAAGCCCACUACGAGCCUGCUGACCGAGCGCGAGAGGUGGAAGAUAGAUUUAGGAAAACUAACCACAGCUCCCCUGAAGCCCAGUCUAAGCAGACAGGCAGAGUAUUGGAGCCACCAGUGCCUUCCCGAUCAGAGUCUUUUUCCAAUGGCAACUCCGAGUCUGUGCAUCCCGCCCUGCAGAGACCAGCGGAGCCACAGGUACAGUGGUCCCACCUGGCAUCUCUCAAGAACAAUGUUUCCCCUGUCUCGCGAUCCCAUUCCUUCAGUGACCCUUCUCCUCCCAAAUUUGCACACCACCAUCUUCGUUCUCAGGACCCAUGUCCACCUUCCCGCAGUGAGGUGCUCAGUCAAAGCUCUGACUCUAAGUCAGAGGCGCCUGACCCUACCCAAAAGGCUUGGUCUAGAUCAGACAGUGACGAGGUGCCUCCAAGGGUUCCUGUGAGAACAACAUCUCGCUCCCCUGUUCUGUCCCGUCGAGAUUCCCCACUGCAGGGCAGUGGGCAGCAGAAUAGCCAGGCAGGACAGAGAAACUCCACCAGCAGUAUUGAGCCCAGGCUUCUGUGGGAGAGAGUGGAGAAGCUGGUGCCCAGACCUGGCAGUGGCAGCUCCUCAGGGUCCAGCAACUCAGGAUCCCAGCCCGGGUCUCACCCUGGGUCUCAGAGUGGCUCCGGGGAACGCUUCAGAGUGAGAUCAUCAUCCAAGUCUGAAGGCUCUCCAUCUCAGCGCCUGGAAAAUGCAGUGAAAAAACCUGAAGAUAAAAAGGAAGUUUUCAGACCCCUCAAGCCUGCUGAUCUGACCGCACUGGCCAAAGAGCUUCGAGCAGUGGAAGAUGUACGGCCACCUCACAAAGUAACGGACUACUCCUCAUCCAGUGAGGAGUCGGGGACGACGGAUGAGGAGGACGACGAUGUGGAGCAGGAAGGGGCUGACGAGUCCACCUCAGGACCAGAGGACACCAGAGCAGCGUCAUCUCUGAAUUUGAGCAAUGGUGAAACGGAAUCUGUGAAAACCAUGAUUGUCCAUGAUGAUGUAGAAAGUGAGCCGGCCAUGACCCCAUCCAAGGAGGGCACUCUAAUCGUCCGCCAGAGUACAGUUGACCAAAAGCGUGCCAGCCAUCAUGAGAGCAAUGGCUUUGCCGGUCGCAUUCACCUCUUGCCAGAUCUCUUACAGCAAAGCCAUUCCUCCUCCACUUCCUCCACCUCCUCCUCCCCAUCCUCCAGCCAGCCGACACCCACCAUGUCCCCACAGACACCCCAGGACAAGCUCACUGCUAAUGAGACUCAGUCCGCUAGUAGCACACUCCAGAAACACAAAUCUUCCUCCUCCUUUACACCUUUUAUAGACCCCAGAUUACUACAGAUUUCUCCAUCUAGCGGAACAACAGUGACUUCUGUGGUGGGAUUUUCCUGUGAUGGGAUGAGACCAGAAGCCAUAAGGCAAGAUCCUACCCGGAAAGGCUCAGUGGUCAAUGUGAAUCCUACCAACACUAGGCCACAGAGUGACACCCCGGAGAUUCGUAAAUACAAGAAGAGGUUUAACUCUGAGAUUCUGUGUGCUGCCUUAUGGGGAGUGAAUUUGCUAGUGGGUACAGAGAGUGGCCUGAUGCUGCUGGACAGAAGUGGCCAAGGGAAGGUCUAUCCUCUGAUCAACCGAAGACGAUUUCAACAAAUGGACGUACUUGAGGGCUUGAAUGUCUUGGUGACAAUAUCUGGCAAAAAGGAUAAGUUACGUGUCUACUAUUUGUCCUGGUUAAGAAAUAAAAUACUUCACAAUGAUCCAGAAGUUGAGAAGAAGCAGGGAUGGACAACCGUAGGGGAUUUGGAAGGAUGUGUACAUUAUAAAGUUGUAAAAUAUGAAAGAAUCAAAUUUCUGGUGAUUGCUUUGAAGAGUUCUGUGGAAGUCUAUGCAUGGGCACCAAAGCCAUAUCACAAAUUUAUGGCCUUUAAGUCAUUUGGAGAAUUGGUACAUAAGCCAUUACUGGUGGAUCUCACUGUUGAGGAAGGCCAGAGGUUGAAAGUGAUCUAUGGAUCCUGUGCUGGAUUCCAUGCUGUUGAUGUGGAUUCAGGAUCAGUCUAUGACAUUUAUCUACCAACACAUAUCCAGUGUAGCAUCAAACCCCAUGCAAUCAUCAUCCUCCCCAAUACAGAUGGAAUGGAGCUUCUGGUGUGCUAUGAAGAUGAGGGGGUUUAUGUAAACACAUAUGGAAGGAUCACCAAGGAUGUAGUUCUACAGUGGGGAGAGAUGCCUACGUCAGUAGCAUAUAUUCGAUCCAAUCAGACAAUGGGCUGGGGAGAGAAGGCCAUAGAGAUCCGAUCUGUGGAAACUGGUCACUUGGAUGGUGUGUUCAUGCACAAAAGGGCUCAAAGACUAAAAUUCUUGUGUGAACGCAAUGACAAGGUGUUCUUUGCCUCUGUUCGGUCUGGUGGCAGCAGUCAGGUUUAUUUCAUGACCUUAGGCAGGACUUCUCUUCUGAGCUGGUAGAAGCAAUGUGAUCCAGGGAUUACUGGCCUCCAGAGUCUUCAAGAUCCUGAGAACUUGGAAUUCCUUGUAACUGGAGCUCGGAGCUGCACCGAGGGCAACCAGGACAGCUGUGUGUGCAGACCUCAUGUGUUGGGUUCUCUCCCCUCCUUCCUGUUCCUCUUAUAUACCAGUUUAUCCCCAUUCUUUUUUUUUUUCUUACUCCAAAAUAAAUCAAGGCUGCAAUGCAGCUGGUGCUGUUCAGAUUCUA